UGUUUUAUUUUUUUUCUUCAUUGACUUAUACUCUCUAAACCAUUUCGAUGCAGUUGAUGCCUGCGCUCCUGACCUACCACAAACACAAGUUUAACAACUCUUAUUUUGCUUUUUUUAGGUGUUUGAAAGGCACUUAUAAGAAGAAAAUGUUUACUCAUCUUCACUCCUUUAGGUUUGCCCUUUAUAUAUAUAUAUUUUAAACUAUCAUUGUAUCAUUUUUAAAGGAAUUUCAUUGUAUUGCACGUUAAGGUAUUUAAAGGUCAGCAAACACAUGAACUGGAUUACAAGAUACUAUCCCUCCUUUUUCUUCCUUUCUUCUUUUUGUUUUACAAAACAGACUUCAAACUAAAUAAGAAGAAGGAGAGAGAAAGAUGACAGUUGAAAAUGAACCAAGCAGUUUUCUUGAUCUAGCCGGAUUCCAAAAAGACGAUGAGCAAAACAACAUGCCGUGUGCCACAGAGUUACGAUCUCAAGUUGCGAUAACGCAUCUCAGCAUUCCACAAGAUGUCCUGCGCCAACUGCAGGAACUCUUUACCAUUUCCCCAUUACCUAAUUCUGCCAGUGUGUCACCAUCUCUUUUGCUCCAAAAGCCCAAGCAUUUAACAGCAGAUGAGCGCCAUCAACGUAGGCUGUGGCGGAACCGAUUAGCAGCAAAAGAAUGUCGCAAAAAGAAGAAAGAGUACAUUGUUCAAUUGGAGAACACAGUGACAAGGUUACAGAGUGAGAACACAUCGUUACGCAAACAAGCAGAGGACCUGAGACAAAAAGUGGCUGUAAUGAAUCCUUCAGAUGAUAAUGUUAGAUUGAUAAAAGAAGUGGAACUGUUAAAUACAGGACUCGGUCUAAUGUGAGUUUCUUGUUAUAUAUGCAUCUUGUUUUGCUUUUCUUUGGUUCCAAAUAAAAAUAAAUAAAGUGUCACUUGGCUUGAAAAGAAGGCUUGUAUGAAAAC